AUGGCGGAGGAGGAGAGCGACCAGGAGGCCGAGCGCCUCGGGGAAGAGCUCGAAGCCAUCGCCGAGCCGCCGCCCGGACCCGCCGCCAUCAGCAGCCGCGACUACUGCCGACGCUUCUGCCAGGUGGUUGAAGAUUACGCAGGAAGAUGGCAGGUUCCAUUGCCUCAACUUCAGGUGCUUCAGACGGCGCUUUGUUGUUUCACGUCGGCCAGUGUAUCGUUCCCAGCUGAAUGUGAGCAUGUACAGUAUGUUUUGAGUAGCCUAGCUUUGAGUUUCUUUGAGUUGCUGCUGUUCUUUGGAAAGGACGAAUUCUAUGAAGAGCCACUGAAAGAUAUUCUUGGAUCAAUCCAGGAGUGCCAGAACCUCCUCAGUAGAUAUGGAAAUGUGAAUCUGGAAUUGGUUACUCGAAUUAUUAGAGAUGGUGGACCGUGGGAAGACCCGGUGUUACAAGCAGUUCUUAAAGCAAGGCCCGCCUCUCCAGAUUUAGUUAACAAAUAUUUAAGUUCUGAAAAUCCAUUAUUCUUUGAACUGCGUGCCAGAUACCUUAUUGCUUGCGAGCGCAUACCGGAAGCAAUGGCUCUCAUUAAGUCUUGCAUUAAUCAUCCAGAUAUCAGUAAGGAUCUGUACUUCCACCAAGCAUUUUUCACCUGUUUAUAUAUGUCACCUUUAGAAGAUCAGCUGUUCCAGGAGCAUUUAUUGAGGACGGACUGCAGAAAUGGAAUUGAUAUCAUCUGCAAUACUGAAAAAGAAGGCAAGACAACGUUGGCUUUGCAGCUCUGUGAAUCAUUCCUUAUUCCCCAGCUUCAGAAUGGGGAUAUGUAUUGUAUCUGGGACUUGAUCUUUAUUUGGAGUAAACUACAGCUCAAAGCCAACCCAUCAAAACAAGUUUUUGUAGAUCAAUGCUACCAACUUUUAAGAACGGCAACUAACGUGAGAGUCAUUUUCCCUUUCAUGAAAGUCAUUAAAGAUGAAGUUGAGGUUGAAGGCUUGCAGAUAUGUGUGGAAAUAUGUGGGUGUGCUUUGCAGUUGGACCUUCGUGAUGAUCCAAACACUAAAUGUCUGAUUUAUAAAACUAUUGCAAACUUUCUGCCAAAUGAUUUGGAAAUCCUCAGGAUUUGUGCCCUCUCAAUAUUUUUUCUGGAGCGCUCCUUGGAAUCCUAUUACACUGUUGAACAUCUCUAUAAACGUCCAGAUGAAGAGUAUAAUGAACGUACUAGUUCUGUCCAGAAUCGUGUACGUUUUGAAUUGCUUCCAAUUUUGAAAAAGGGAUUGUUUUUUGACCCUGAAUUUUGGAAUUUCAUAAUGAUUAAGCAAAAUUGCGCGGCACUGUUGAGGGAUAAGUCGGCUGUUGGGUUUUUAAAUGAAAAUACACUGGAGCAUGCAUCUGGUAAUCCAGAAAAGGCAGUGGAGCAGCAGGCUUUGGAUGAAGAUCUUACCCCUGUUAAUGACCUGAGCAGUGGUGAAUUCGAUCCUGAGGAUGUCUCGAGAGUCCCUUCUGGAGGUCACGGAAAUGCCAAGAAAAACUUCGCAAUGCUCGGUGCUUCCAAAGUAGACCAUAACGUCCCAAGACAUCGCUGCGUGCUGUGCAACAGAGAGUUUUUAGGGGGCCACAUAGUGAGACAUGCCCAGGCUCACCAGAAAAAGGGCAGUUUUUCAUGUGUAAUAUGUGGUAGGAAGUUCAGAAACCGAGGACUUAUGCUGAAACAUUUAAGGAAUCACGUCAAAAAAAUACAAAGACAGCACCUUGCAGCACUUGAACAGGAGACUCCGGAACUUCCCGUUGUGGAAGAAAUGAAUUGUCCCGAUGCUUCUGUCUCCUUCGAGAAUGGCAAAUGUGAUAGUUCCAAAGAUCAGGAAAUGGAGACUGCUGUAGCCUCAGAUGACGAAAACGGAGCGGAGGAAAUCCCUGAACAAGUGGCCAAAGUCAUCAGUGAUCCGGUGUGUGAGCCGGAGGAUGUCGUGCAAAACGGCAGUCACGAGAGCUCUUUAAAUGAUGCCUCCGAGUCGCCUUUGAACUUGGAAACGUUACCUGAGUGUGAAGAUGAUGAUGAUGAUGAUGAUGAUGAUGAUGACUAUGACCCGAAUAGGGAGUCUCUGGUGCUUAAUAAAGUAAAUGGGGUCCUUUGUACUCCAACUGAUUUCGACGUUACGGAUCAACAAGGCAACUUCAAGUGUCCUGCCAGUGGGUGUGUUCGAAUAUUUAAGAAAAUCAGAUUUCUGAACAAACAUGCCCGGAAAGCCCAUCCAGCUGAUUUCAAAGUGCAACAGCAUAUAAUGAAGUGGAACAAAGGAAAAUGCCGGUUUUGCCAGAGGAAAUUUGCAGAUUCCCAACAUUUUAUAGAUCACCUAAAGAGGCACAUAUAUCCAAAUGUAUUCUUUUGUUUACAUUUUAACUGUAAUCAGAGAUUUAAGCUGUCCACUGAGCUGGCAGAGCAUACAAAGAGCCACAGUGCUUUUAAGGCUCAGUGUCAUUUUCCAGAGUGCUGUGAGCUCUUUGAAGAGCUUCCUUUACUAUACGAACACGAGGCUAAGCAUUACUUAAAUCAAACCCCAGAACCUUCUGCCGAAACAAGCGAAAACAACAUUUUUGCCGCGCUUUCGGAAUCGCCCCUUGAGCAUCAGGAAAAGGACUCAACUGGCAGUGAAAAAGAAACUGUUGAUCUGCCAGUUCCUACUUGGAAAUCAAGGAAAGACUCUACCGAACCAAAGACGUACAUUCAGUGUUUUGAGAAGAAGACACACGGCAUAGUUCAGAAUGGGAGUGAAAAUUCUUCUGAUGUUGCUGCUCCAGAUUUCAGCUUGCUAGACCAAAAGAUGCCUGUUGCAGAGCCAAAUUCUGAAAAUAGUGGUGUCAUUAAUGACCAGCUGGUCAAUGGGCACAGCGAAUUAGAGCAGACGUCUUUAGUUUCAACAGAUGCUGCUUUGAAAGGGGAGACGAGCGUGGCAAGGACAGAGAAUGGUUCCGUUUUGCCGAAUGUUGAGGAUGUACCCCAAGAACCGAGUGCCCCGGUAGUGUCUCAGUCACCUUUCAAACCAAAUCUGACAACUGAAAAUACUUCAUAUGGUUUAAUUGUCACAAAGCCAUAUGUCAGGCCUUUGCCUCCCAGUUACCUAGAUGAACGGUACAUUAGUAUGCCAAAACGCAGAAAAACUCUGACUGAUAAAGUAGAUGCCCAUUCUGAGCAAGAUAAAGUUUGUAACAAAUCAGUGGAGAGGUUUAGAUGUGGCAACUGCCUGAAUAUCUACUGUAACUCAGAAGCACUUGAGGCUCAUCUUGCACAAAAAAAAUGUCAAGCGCUCUUUGGAUUCGAUUCGGACGAUGAAAGUGCCUGAUAAAACGUUGCAGAAAAAUGUAAAGGAGUGGUGUGAAAAAAAAAAAAAAACACUGAAAAGAUGCAUCAUCAGUUUGCUGUUUCCCAGAUGGCCUUAAACAUAGAGCGGUCUCAGAUUACUAAAGAAAAAUAUGACUUUGCUAAAAGACAAAGCACAUUUUCCAGAAUGAACUCAGAGUGGAAAUGUGCAGGUUUGACUCUUAGGAGGGUUGCUACAAAGUCCCCAAAGUACCAGUUAUCCAGAAAACCACAAGAAGUACCAAUUUAUUGAUCUGAACACAGCAGCACAGUCAGUUAUCUAUUAGCUCCUCAUUCCAGAAUCAGCUGAAUAGCCAGAGAAGAAUAGUUGUUGCCUUACAGAAAGAAAAAUGAUUACUACCUGUAUAAAUGUGUUUUUUUUUUUUAAAAAAAAGGAACUAAAAAAACUAUUUUAUAACAAGGGAUUCUCUUUCUUUUUUUUUUUCCUUUUGCAUGCUCACAGGAUAAUUUUACUCUUUGUCAAGAGGCACUUGAAAUAAGGGUGUGGUGUGGUUAAAAAUUGAUAAAGGAGAGUAAAGCUCGAUUCGGCUGUUGUAUUCCAUUUCAGAUGUGGAGUUGAUACAAGCCACAUGUUUUCAGAAAAUAACAUGGACAGCUCGGUGACAUCAAAAGGUUUACAAAUUGAAUUUGAAGAAAUGGAGGGCAAAAUGUGUCUAACAAAUAAAAUUGCCUUUUUGGUAACAAGGUACGAUUGAACUAAAAACAGCAGUGCUAUUUGAACAGGAAAAAUUAAUAACAGUGAGUCUGUGGGGAAAAAAUAUCGGGAAAUCCAACAUAGGCAAAGUGGAUGCUAAUCAGCAGGAAAACCGCAUUGCUGAUUGUCAUGCAAUAUGCGUGAAAAUGAAGUAGCACCAGAGUUUGGAAGCUCCAUAUGUGCUGUCAGUCAAUUGUAUUAAGUACUUACUACUGUUGGCAGAGCACUGUACUAAGCGCUUGGGAGAAUACAAUACAGUCACGUGAUACAAUCCCUGCCCUCAAUACGUUUACCAAGCAUGAAGAUAUUUAUUUGUUAGGGUGAGUUCAACAAUGGCCUAUCAUUUUUAAAAUCUGCUUAUUUAAAAUGUGUUGGGUUGUAUCAGGAAACCAUCAGUCUAAUUUAAUCACGAUUAAAAAUACAUCCUUAAAAUCCUUUCUUCAGCACUCAACGUAAUCCUAAAUUCAAUUUUCGAAAUAUCUAUCUUUGCCGCUUGUUACAGAAAUGAAAAGAAUAUUACUAACAACAGGCACAGUGUCUGCUGCAACUAAUAGUGUUCCUAAGAAAGAUCCCCCAGAAAUUAAGAGGGAUCUUAAUUAAUGGACUCCCAGGUGACUCCUAGUAUAAGUAGGUUUCUUGAAUCCGAGUUACUGAGAAUAAGGAGUUUGUACUUUCCUAUUCACAGUAAAAUGAUAAAGACCGAGACCCACAUACCAAAAAUUCACCAGCAAAAUCUUCUUAGGAAUCAUUGUUAUCAGUAAAUACAUUUUUCACAUUAUUUUAACGGUAUUUAAGUACUUACUGUGCCAGGCACUGUACUAAUCACUGGGAUAGAUACAAGCUAAU